AUGUCGUCGAAUCUAAGUCCGGGCGCGACGAGACGUGUCACGAUUGACAGCUUGCUGCUUCAGUUCCUCGACGCACAUGUGAUAAAUCCCCACGCUGCUGUUAGUUACUACACUAACCCAAACAACAUUCCCAAACCCCAUAAUCCUCCCAACUCCUAUCCCCAUUAUGGUUCCGCCAGCACCGACAGCUCCUCGGGCCUUCUACCGGCCGUCCGGCCUCCCCUCGCAACCGCGGACGUGAAUAGGCCAGUCAUUACACCUUCGGCUUCGACAGCCCCCGCGAGUGAGCGAAAACGCAAAGGCGGGCCAUCUACCCCGGAGGAAUCGGAGGCCGCGUCGAAAAAGGCUCGGAAGUCGGCUUUCUCAGCAACGGGACCCUUUUACCUCGAUGUCUCGUCGGUGAGCUUACAGGGCGAGGCGUCACAUUCGGUGCCCGUAUACGACAUGUGCGACACGGUGCGCAUCCGAGACAACAAAGAGAAGGACAAGGACCGGCUCGCGGUUGAGAAGCAGUGGCCCGGUGGUGUGGACACGGUCAGGGACUGCACGUAUGUGUGGUCUCGUGCAGAUGCAGUGCAUAUCGGCAAGUACGGCGGUGUCCACAGCGUGCAUUACGGGAGGGCGUCGACAGACGUCUACUACGUUGGCCCUAGACCUAACACCGGGGCCGAAGAAGCCGACGCCGGCAAACCCCACCAUGGCCCCGAUCCUUCCGCCGAUAUGGAGGCCGGCGUCGGAGCCGGGAACCAGCCCGGCCGUGACGCCGGCUCGCGAUUACAGCCGACGACACGGGUUAGCGCCGGACAGCUGUUUUACCUGCUCGGGUUCAACGGCAUCGGUUCUUUUAUUGUAUCCGGAGGUGUAAAUUUUGGCAUUGCUUGUGCAAUGUACCUGACGACUUCCGACCCCAUCACUUUGUUUAGCUUCCCAAACACCUUGGCAGGUGACGCCGCCCUCACCCUCGUCAUCCAACCCAUCGUGACCUGGUUCAUCGAAUCCCUCAUGGUCAACAUUGACCUCCGCAACUCCAAAGUCACUCCGCUUGCCCUCCCUCUGGCCCCCUCAUCCCGCCUCCGCGUCUUUUUCGGUCUACCCCUGACGGAGCAUCAGCCCGUUCCCCGGCGCGUUAGCUUCAUCUCUCAGCUCCUCCGCAUCUUCUUCCUCUUCAUCCUGCCCUCCUUUAUUCUGUUCUGGCCCAUCUCCAUCGGCAUCCUAACUGCGAUAGGCGAUCGCCAGGGUAAAGAUUGGGUGUUUGAGGGCAAGUGGGCCCCAAUGAUCUUCAAGCUGGUACUUGGAGCGCUGCAAGGAAUGAUUGUUACUCCCAUCAUGGCUGCAUUUUGGGUUGUUAGAGAGGGCCACAUGGUUCUUGAGGGAGAGGCGGAAGAGUAA